UCUUCUGACUGUAAACAUCGAAGGCAAGAUGGCUCGUUGGCAUCCCCUCGGGGUUGGUGUGGUGGCGGUGGUGCUGUCGUUCGCCUCGGCGCUGGUCACUUAUACAUUCGUCCCGAUGGGCAACGAGGCGCUCGCCGUGGACGAUACCGGCGGCCUCAUAAUCAUGCUGGUUCUGGCCAAGCUGCUUCUCUUGUCUACUCAAGGUAUCUUCCCGGUGGACCUGAACAACGUUUUGUACGACCUGGCGUACCGCUCCCCGCGAGACGCCGACAAUAGGAACUCCCUUUACCAGGUGCCCAAGGUGGAGGGGCUGCCGUGCACGAGGAGGCUCCUCUGUGAGUUGGAGGCCGCGGCGCGGACAAGUGACAACUACCUGCCUAGGACACCGAAGGAACACGAGGGACGAGACCCCAGCGAGGAGGAGGCCCCGGAGGAGGUGGACCCCAUCACCGAGAUGCAGAUCGAGGCCGUGCGUGCGCUGUUCAGGGAGGAGGAUCCGACGGGUGAGCUGUCUCACAGGGGCCGUCGUGCCGUGAAGGUGGUGGAAAAGCUGACCGGCGCCGCUUGUGAAACAACCUACCGCUUAUGUCCCGGCAGGUUCUCGGCGCCUAUGUUGUACCGAGCCAUCUUUGAAGAAAUGAAUGUCAAGGUCCACGACCAUGACCUGUUAGAGAAAUAAAGGACCAAAAAUAACCUGAGUGACAUGACAUGCGGUAUUAUAGGAACCAGGACCAGCGAUGACAGACUGCAGUUAUAAACCACAGCUGAAAUAAGGAAAGGAGAUGACAUGAAUCUGAUGUGACAUAUAUAACAGAACCAGAAAACCACAGCCAUGAGCAGGACCAACGGUUACGUACACCACAACUUUGACAAAGACCAACGAGGUUCAUAUGGACAAGGCUCACAGUGGCCUCGGGAGUACAGUGACACUGAGGAUAUUGGCAAACUCACCCGAACGUGGACCACGGAAUGACAUAACUCUGCGGACCUAAGAAAUUGCAAGAACAAUGCCGACCAACUGGACCAAGGGCUGACGAAAACAUUUAGGACCAUAUCGACGAAAGAGACCAAAGUGAACCAUGGAGGAGGAGGGUAACCGAGGCCAAAGGAAAUGACAAUGGACCAGUGACGCCCAAAAGCAUACUUGUGACCAACAGUUGCAUAACUACCACUGGGCCUGUCAGAUUUCAAAGACUAUAAAGAUUACAGGUAUUACAAAGGCUGCGAAUUACAAGGACAAAGAAAACGUACUAAUAAUGAACUACAUGGUGUUUAAUAAAUUGCUGCUGCACUGAGGGUAAGCUGUUAAUCAAAGAUAACCAAGAGCUUGACCACUCGCCAAGGCAACCAACAUAAUAGAAACCAAGGGUGGUGUUGAAAAACACAAAGAAAAAAGCACAAACAAAGACACCUAAGGAAAAGAGAAAAUACAUCUUCACUGCAUACCCUUGCAGCCCAGACUCCUGACACGUUCGCGCGACAUUCAGGGGCAGAAUUGCACAAAACUGGCACCACGAUAUUUAUGAAGGGUCAUGGACAGGUGUGACGAUAUUUUUUGUGGACUGAUCGAUGAUCUACACCUUCGUUCAUGUAAUGUACAACAGACAAGGGCAUUAUUUCCAACACCACCUAAGAAUGGGAGGUGUUCAGUGCGUCUCUCCUUUCUCACCACGUUUCACGUUCAGGAAUCACACACACACACACACACACACACACACACACACACACACACACACGCACACACACACACACACACACACACACACACACACACGCGGUAAAUCAGGUAAGCUGCGGGCAUUAUCUUUCUUAGUUACACGCUUGCCUUGUUGCCAUUUCUUGUGCAGCAUUUUGACAUGGGCAAUGCAAGCCUUCUGAGGGUUAAGUAAAGGUUUGACUACAUUAUAUAAAUCCUUCAGCAAUAUUGUUAAAUAAAAUGUCUUA